UUGGCUCAAGCAUUUGCGAAGAAAAGAACCUAGUUAUGCUGCGUGAUGCUCCUGAACUGGAUCAAUCCCCGUACCUUUUUGGAAGAGCCAAGCUUCCGCAAAUCGAAAUGGACCCAAGCCAACCUCGGUCAGCGAGCCAACCUCGAUCGUCCACCUUCGAAAUGGACGUGGCGGCCGGCGCCGGAGGCAGUGCUUUGCCGGUGUGCCAGGUGCCAGAGAGCUGUACGACCCUGAGACGGAACUUGGUGAUGUGUUGAGAUGUCUUUUUCCGAGGUCAACAAAAUGAGGAUCAGAACAACAUCCUGGUCUCUUCAGUGCAACGACUCACCCUCCGUUUCGCAUCUGCGAUCAGGGCGAUGUUUGGUUGGAUGCCUGGUCGUGUUGGGCAGGUUUCGCCUGCAAGAACGGUCAAAGGAGAUCUGGCGGAGGAGUUUGCAAGCUCGAGGAGAAGAGAGGUGGGACCCAACGGCGCGGCUCAAUCCGCAGGAUUCUCCCUCUAUCUCAAGAACAUGCAAGUAGAUAGUAUGUCCCUGUGGAACUUUGGAACACGAUUUCCUCUACAAGCACAUCUACAGUAUAUGUCGCAGGGGGAUGGGUUAAAGCACCCAUCACUUGUUGGGUUGUUCAGCAUGGUGUAACCUCCGACUUGGGGAUGUUGGAAGGAUAAAAUCUUGCUGCAAGCGCCUUUGUUUGCUGCUGAGAGCUUUUUUGCUUUGCAGUUCACAUAGCACUGUAGGAAGUCAGCUACCUGGGCAGGAUACGUACCUAUUUGGAAGAGGAAGCCACCAAACAAGGGUUCCGGCGAUUCAUCUCAAGGUCCAAAGGCGCUGUGGAAGGAACCGAUGAAUUGGUGCAGAAGCUGUGCGAAGCAGAGACUGAAAGAAAUCUUGAGGCCUCUCUUGAAUCCAUGCUGCUACCGGAAGUGAGGCGCUCCAAGGCAAUCCUUCAGCAGGUUUUGAGGAAAUUGUCCGAGCAAAAACGAGCGAAUCUGUUGUAUGCUACUUUGAAGACCAUCGAGGAAGAUGGCGGCAUAAAGUUAGAAGACUCCAACUGUACAGUUGGCAUAUCAACCUGCGCGAGGGCAAAAAUGUGGCAGCAAGCCUUGAAGUUGUUGGAGGUCAUGCCCGAGAUGAAACUUCAACCCAAUGUGAUCAGCUACAAUGCGACCAUCAGUGCCUGUGAGAAGGGCGGGCAAUGGCCACAAGCCUUGAAGUUGUUGGAGGCCAUGCGCGAGAUGAAAGUUCAGCCCAAUGUGAUCAGCUACAGUGCGGCCAUCAGUGCCUGUGAGAAGGGCGGGCAAUGGCCGCAGGCCUUGAAGUUGUUUGAGGCCAUGCGCAAGGGGAAAGUUUCGCUCGACGUGAUCAGCUACAAUGCGACCAUCAGUGCCUGUGAGAAGGGCAGGCAAUGGCCGCAAGCUUUGAAGUUGUUGGAGGUCAUGCCCGAGAUGAAACUUCAGCCCAAUGUGAUCAGCUACAAUGCGACCAUCAGUGCCUGUGAGAAGGGCGGGCAAUGGCGGCAGGCCUUGAUGUUGUUUGAGGCAAUGCGCAAGGGGAAAGUUGCGCUCGACGUGAUCAGCUGCAAUGCGACCAUCAGUUCCUGUGAGAAGGGCGGGCAAUGGCCGCAAGCCUUGAAGUUGUUGGAGGCCAUGCCCGAGAUGAAACUUCAGCCCAAUGUGAUCAGCUACAGUGCGGCCAUCAGUGCCUGUGAGAAGGGCGGGCAAUGGCCACAAGCCUUGAAGUUGUUGGAGGCCAUGCGCGAGAUGAAAGUUCAGCCCAAUGUGAUCAGCUACGAUGCGGCCAUCAGUGCCUGUGAGAAGGGCGGGCAAUGGCGGCAAGCCUUGAAGUUGUUUGAGGCCAUGCGCAAGGGGAAAGUUUCGCUCGACGUGAUCAGCUACAAUGCGGCCAUCAGUGCCUGUGAGAAGGGCGGGCAUUUGCGGCAAGCCUUGAAGUUGUUGGAGGCCAUGCGCGAGGCCAUGCGCACUGCUGCAACCAGCUUCAAUCGAUAAGUUCGCUUGGCGACAGGCAUGCCACCAGCCUAUCAGAUGAAGCAGCGACCUUCUCUUGGAAGAUUAAUAUUCUUUGAGUUCCAUCCAGCCAUCGCAGAAGACCAGGCUACAUGUGAUUGAAGGUUUGAAGUUCCCCAAGGCAUCUGACCACUUAGCCCAUGAUCCACGUGCCGCAAGACAGAUACAAAAGUCACCUUUGACUCAGUGAUCAAUCCCUUCAGAUGGCUAUGGGUCAACUCCCUCAGUUGACCAGAGAAAAU